CGCCUGCGGUUUCCUAGCCACUGCUUGACUCACUCUCUGGCCGCAGCCCAGGCUGGCGGGAUCGCCCCGAAGGAGGUGGCUGCCCGGACUUUGCGGCUGCCCCCCCCCCCAGCCCCCCAGCCUUCUGGACCUCAGUGCAGUCUGCGGGCGUCGAUCCGUGGGGUUCCCAGUGCGAAUCUCCUGGCUUUUUCACACGUGUGCCUGAGCUAAGGAAGGGCACCGUUGGGCGGUGGGGGGCAUGUGUGCAGAUUCGGGCCAUGCACGUACGUGCAGGAACAGCUUUGCAUGCGUGGCCCACGGCAGUCUGUGUGUCAGCCUGCUGGGGUGCACGUGUGUUGCAGAGGCGCGGAGAGAGAGGCUUGGGGACACCCGGAAGCCUGGUGUGGCGGUGGGGCGCCAGUUCCCUACUGAAGCCGGCUGGCUGUGAGCCACUGGCACGAGGGUCACGGGCGGGGCCGGGAGAGGGAAAUUAGUAGCGGAGCAUCCGGGGAGACCCUUUCUCUCAAACUGGGAAGUGUGGGCUGCUCCACGUUGAGUGAGUGCUCAGAACCUCCGUAGGCAAAGUUUUUAGAAGACCGUUGUCUGUUAGAGCGGAGAGAAUACUGAUGCGGGCCUCAACUUGGCUGGGAUCGCGCUCUUCAUGAGGCCCCAAGGAUAUGACGUGGAAAUGGACCCACGGAGUUGUCUGUCUCCCUCGUGGAAAAGCAGGAGUGUAGGCGCUUGACCCUGCCCUGGGUUCUGGCUGAGGUUAGAACUCCUCUAAGAACUGGCAGAACUUGGACAUCUUCACGGUCAGCAAGUCAAGUAGCAGGGGUUCAGGAGAGCUUGACACCUUCACAGAAAUGGCAGAGAAGCGGCCACUAGGGCCUCUGGGGCCUAUGAUGUAUGGCAAGCUGCCUCGCCUGGAGCCAGACCCAGGGCCAGGACACGGCUUGCCCCUUUCUGCUGGCAGCCAGGACUCCUGCAAUUACAAAGGUGCAUAUUUCUCCUGCCCCAUAGGGGGUACUUCCAAGGCAGGAUCUGAGCGGUUGGCAUCCUGGACCCCAUAUCCAUCUUUGUACCCCACUGGUGUGGCAGGAUCCCCACUCCGGGGUGACAAUCUACUGACAAACUGCCUGCUCUACCGUCCCCCGACAGAAGGCUCUGAAAAGAUACAAGACUCAAGUGAGCUGCUGCCCUUCGGUCCCCAGGCUCAUGCGUACCCAGGCCCACCCCUGGCCGCGCCAAAACCUGUCUACCGCAACCCUUUGUGUUACGGACUCUCCACUUGCCUCGGAGAUGGGGGAACAAAGAGAUCAUUGGACGGUGACUGGACCCUGGUGACGGGGCCCCUGCUGCCUUCUGCUGACCCACCCUGUCCUCUAGCUACAGCUCCUGGCAAGGGCCAGCCCCUGGAUGGGACUUUCUUGCGUGGGCUACCAUCUGGGGGACCUGGCAAGGACUCUUCCCUGCCUUUUUCCCCAUGCCAGGCAUUCUUGGAGAAGUAUCGAACUAUCCAAAGCACAGGUUUUCUGGCUUCCAAGUACACCAGUCCUUAUCCUGGGGAUGCCAAGCAAGCAAUGUCAGAGGGGCCCUCCAGUCCUUGGACUCAGCUUGCGCAGCCCCUAGGGCCACCUUGCCAGGAUGCAGUGGCAGCCCACUAUCCGCUGCCCCCACCGCCACAGGCCCUGCCUUGCCCUCCAUCUUGUCGUCAUCCAGAAAAGCAGGGAAACUAUGGCUCGUUGCUCCCACUGCCACCUCUAGGAGCCCACAAGGGGGCUGCGUACCAAGCUGGGGGGCUGGGCAGCCCUUACCUGAGGCAACAGGCACCCCAGGCUCCGUACAUGCCCCCUCUUGGGAUAGACAGUUAUUCCUAUUCCUCUGCACCCCUCCCAGCACCAUCACCAGGGCUCAAAUUGGAGCCCCCUCUUGCUCCAAGGUGCCCACUGGACUUUGUUCCCCAAACUCUGGGUUUUCCUUAUGCCAGGGAUGACCUCUCUCUCUACGGGGCAUCCCCAGGGCUUGGGGGAACACCGCCUUCCCAUUCCCAGAACAGUGUGCAGCCUGUGCCACAGCCCGGUGCCUUCCAGCGAGCAUACCAGCCUUUGCCGGCCAGCCAACCCUGCUCCGAGCCUGAGAGACCUGCAGAGAAGCCAACUCCAGAAGCUCAAGAGAAGAUGUGGCUGCCCAGCUGCAGGAAAGAACAACUUCAGCCCAGGCCAAACGAGCGUCCUGGAGUGCCUAUUGUUAUCCGGGACAGUCCAGUUCCCCGCACCUCACCAGCACUGCACCCCUGUGCCAAGGAGCGGCAGUCUCUCCCACAGAAGGAUGCCAGGCCUCCCAGCUCCCCACCAAUGCCUGUGAUUGACAACGUUUUUAGUCUGGCCCCUUACCGUGACUACCUGGAUGUGCAGACACCAGAGCCCAGGGCUGAGCGGGACUCGGCUCCAGCCACCAGUAAGAGCCAAGACAAAGAUUGCAAGGGGAACCUGGCUGCUCAGGAUGGAGCCUCCAGGUCUCACUGCUCUCUUCGUGAGGAGGUGGCUUUGGACUUGAGUGUGAAAAAGACGAUGGCAGAGGGUGUCCCUGUCAAGGUCUCCAGUCCUGAGGUGCAUGAAAAGCCCACCGAAGCUGUGGAUGGGCCAGGUAUAGAAAACACAGUGUCAGGUCUGCCUGGCCUAAAAAAGAUGGUCACAGAAAUCCCUGAAGUAACUGCAGAAGCCACACCAAGGACCAACUUCCAUAGCUCUGUGGCCUUCAUGUUCCGAAAAUUCAAGAUACUCCGUACUGCGCCCGUACCUGCAGCUAUUGUCUCAUCUCCCCCUACCCCGGCUCCUGUCCCUGCGCCUGCCCCUGCACAGCCUGCACCCAACCCUCCGUCUGUGCCAGUGGGACUGCAGAUCCUCACUCAGCCUUUGCCGGUGGCAUGCUUCAACCUGGCCCUGCCUAGCCCACCAGCCAUAGUGGCCUCCCCGGCCCCAGCCUCUGCUCCACCUCCAUCACCAGCUCCUGCUCCUGCUCCAGCCUCGGGUCCUGGUCUAGCAUCUGCUCAAGUUCCCACUGCAGCCCCGGCGGACUCCCCAGAACAGCACUUCACAGGGCUGCACACAUCCCUCUGCGAUGCCAUCUCGGGCUCUGUGGCCCAUUCUCCACCAGAGAAACUGCGGGAGUGGCUUGAGACAACUGGGCCAUGGGGCCAGGCUGCGUGGCAGGACUGCCAGGGUGUUCAGGGGCUACUAGGCAAACUGCUGUCCCAGCUGCAGAAGUUCGUGUGCACACAGCGGUGCCCCUUCCCUCAUGUAGUUCGGGCUGGUGCCAUCUUUGUGCCCAUCCAUCUGGUGAAGGAGCGUCUCUUUCCAAAGUUGCCACCGGCCUCUGUGGACCACGUGCUGCAGGACCACCGAGUGGAACUACGGCCAACCACUCUGUCGGAGGAGCGUGCGCUGCGUGAACGUGCCCUACACGGCUGCACCUCGCGCAUGCUGAAGCUGCUGGCACUGCGUCAGCUGCCUGACAUCUACCCUGACCUGCUGGGCCUACAGUGGCAUGACUGUGUCCGCCGCCAGCUGGGUGGCUUUGACACUGAGGCCAGAACUUUAUCGCCAUCAGAACCCACGGUCACCAGAGAUGAGCCAGAAAGCCAAGCCUUGGCUGGAAAGUUGCCAGCCCCCAAGGUCAAGAAGCCAGGGAGGAAGCCACCAACGCCUGGCCCUGAGAAAGCAGAGACAGCAACUGGGGAAGGGUCACGUAAUCCCUCACCUAACUCUGGUGCCAGCACCAGCCCACCAGGUCCCACCCUGAGGGCCCGCUUCCGCAACCUGUUAGAAAAUGCCUGGCUCAAUGGUGUGGCAUUGCCUACUUGGGGUCACAAGGCCUCCGGAGCAGAUCGACCUUCGCCUCACCCCCAGCUCUUGGGCAGCCAGACCCAUCAUCUGUAGCAAAAUUUUUACCAGGGCUAUUGGGACAGCCAACCAUCCGGGGACUGCUGUGUACCUGUCCUGACAUCUAGCUGCCCAGGGCUAGGAGUGGAUAUGAGGCUGGGCCCACCUAACUGGGCAGAGACUUCCUGAACUUUUAACUUGAGGAUCUUUGUUAGAAGAGAUUCCUUCUCUUGAGAAAACCUGUGGGCAUUGGAGCCAACCCCACCUGGCCUUGAGUCCUGACUGCUGUGUCCUGGGCAAGCACUUCGCCUCUCGUGAGCCCUUGUUCCCCAUUUGUAGAAUAAGACAACACAGCCUACCUCACAAGGGUUGUUGUGGGGAUGAUGUCUGAAAUACAACUACCAUGCUUUGGUUUGCUUCUUGCCCGGGAUAGGCCUGGGACCUCAGUCAGGCUGUGGAAUAACAAGACUGAGGUUGGCAAAACUUUAUUGUCAAGUCUUCAUGUGUCUUGGAACCCAGUUACCCUAAGAGGUACCUGGUACAAUGUGUAUGACUCACGCGCUUCUUCCCCCAGACCGCUGCAGGUGCAGGGACCUGGUCUGGGGCUGGCUUGAAGAGCCUAAGUCUGUUCUGGAAUCAUAUGUCUAACCUACCUGGGCUGCGUCUCACACCCCUGUAGGGUUGUGUAGAGUUGUAUGCUUCUAGAGCCAAGCAGCUGCAGGGACCGGACCCAACAGGCUGAGCUCAAUUCUGGGAGAAGGUCCCGACUGGGCACUCUUGGUAUUUCCCAAGACUCUUGGGGUCUCCUCCCUGCAAGUGGGCUGUAUUCAGCUGGUGGCUGAUAAGUUCCUGUCUUAUUUAAGGGUUUUGAUGAGACUGCGCCCUGGGGGACAGCUAUUAAAGCAUUUGGGUUGUUUUUGGA